CUAAGCAAAAAAAUCGUGAAAAAUUUAACCAAGUAAAAAUUUGUUACUACACAAUUGGUAAUACAAUGCAUCCGUGUUAUUAUCAAAAGCAAAGUUUUUUUUCUGUAUUAAAAAUAAAAAUAAUCAAUUAAGGAAGGGAAUUGUGAAUAACUUUCCUUUUGCUUGGUAACAGAACUCAAUCCAAUUAAAAACGGAAACUAAAAAAACCCAACUACAGUUUCCGUGGUUAUACUUUUUACUUACUAUUUCAUUUAUUUUGUUUUUCUUUGACUUGCUGAAAAAAAUUGGUUGCUAUAUUAGCUUUAGCUGUAAAAAGUUAGCUACUAAAACUGAAAUUGAAAAAUGAGUUCCAGUCAGAAUUAUCACUCGGAUAUUGCCGAAGUUGUGGAACUUUCGCAGCUUCAGACGCUUUUGGACAACUCCUCAUUGGACAACGACUCUGUGGUGACUAAUAUUACGACAGUGUUUCCUGAAGAUGGUGUAGAUUCAGUGGAUAUGGGGGAAAAUUAUUUGUGGUACCUAAAAAGGAGGGAGUCAAUACUGCUUACCAACUAUUCUCUGCGGGUGAUUCUUGGAGUUCUGGCUCUUGCUCUCAAUCUAUACAUUCUCGCAAUGCUGUCGUGCUCCCGAAGUGUUGGUAAGCUGAAACUCUUUCCUCUUGGCUUGCAAUCGGCCAUGAUCAUCAUCGACACUGGAAUCGGAAACAUCUACAUGACUACACUUCAAAUGAUUUUCCUGAAAUCAAAUAACGGCAACGAAACCGUUCAUGAAACCGAAUACUAUUUCAACCAAAACCUAGCUGAGUCGAUGCGUGGGAGCGUCAUAAAAAAUUACAAUGGCGUGUUUUGCAGCGCUCACAUUUUCGACAAAUUGAUUAGCAUUUAUGGUUUCGCUUUUUGCGUUUUUGCAUUGGCUUUUGAAAGGUUUGCAACAGCGUUUAACCCAUUCAAAAUCAACAAAAGUGCUGCAAUACAAAUUCAUUUGUUGGGAUAUUUUGCUCUGACGUCUUGUAUUUUUCUUCUCUUCAUCGCGGGGUCAAUUUACGCCGGCGUCAAUCAAGGAGCUGAUUGUUUCCGGUCAUUCUUUGAAAACGCAAAAACGCAGGUUUGGUUGAACCUCGCAAUUUUUUACCUCAUCCCUGGAAUCUUAUCAAUCAUAUUUUAUACUACAAUUUAUCAGCUCUUACAAACAGUUUCGCCCGUUGUUAAACCUCUGUUUAUAAGUUGUCUUGCAUGGUUCAUUUUCUGUGCGCCCAAGUUUUGGUACCAAUUCAGCGAUGUUAAUUUUCUGGAUCCGCCGUACCCAAACCGGUCGAAGCUUUUCUAUAUCUGGCACAAUACAGAACUUCACGAAACUUUCGAGGAUGUGUUUGGAGUUCUGAAUCCAGUUAUUUAUCUUGCUUUCUACCCUGGGUUUUGGAACGGGGUCGGAAAUUGUCUGAUGGAGUUGGAGAAGGUUUUCAGGAACAAAAAACUGGAGAUGCAAAAUGGAAGCACGGAUCACUACGUGGAUGAAAUAAACAGAGUUUCGGGAGACGUGAAACUUCAGAUGCGAACAAUGCGAACUUCUGUCUAUCAAUGAUGUUCAUCACACAAAAAAAGAUUUACUACGAAAACUCUCAGAACCGUGCUUGUUUUAUUAGUCAGUUUCUAGAAAAAAAAUACAUAUUUUGAUUCUAUUGAAACGGUUAGAAGUAAGAUGAUGCAAGCUCUUCCUAAAAAUAAUGAUUUUCAAAUUAAAUGAUAAAUCAGCUCUUCACUCCCCACACCUCCCAUGAGAAUCACUAUUCUGGGAUAACGAGUAGGUUUACGAGACUAAGUAAAAGUCCAAAUAAGUCUGUCAUGCCAAUUUUCGCACCAGUCGGAUCACACCAAUGAGAACAAUAAUUGUGCUUGCAAGAUGAGAAUUGUGGGGGAGGGGAUGAAAAAGAGCUAAUAAAUCAAUCAACCCUUUAGAUUAAAAGUUAGCUAAUAAUUAACCCAUACAAUAUAUGAUGCACCUAUGUUCAAUUCUAUUUUCGAAGUUAUUUUUAAUUUAUUAUUAAUGGAAA